UAUGGUGUUGUGCAAUAAAUUUGCGCAAGAUUCAAGAUUGCGCUGAACACGAUCUGUGCGCUACAUGCACACGAUGCGUAAUGAUACGGGUGCGGUGUGUAACUGCUGUAAGUUGGUGGCUACGACGUGAUCUAUGUUAUCGUUUUGACCCCAUAUUUCCCCAGAAAACCAAAACCUUGCCUCGUUUCCAUAAAAUUCAUCCUGUAUGGUGCCAGUACCAUCUUUUUAGGUCGAUUUGCAUCUAUCACAGCAAAAUGUCUUCGGCUAGUGAGGCAGAUGAGAAGUACAAUGCUUUAUCCCCAGAGGAAAAACUACCUUACAAGGUUGUGAGUGCCAUUUUCAACAACAGUGUUGCUCAUGGAAUACAACUUUUGGAGGAACUUGAUGUCGAUGUGAAUUUUGUCGAUCAGCUCUUCUACAAAGGCCAGACAUUGCUGAUGCGAGCGGCCUUUGACUCCCCAGGCAUGUGCCGAGCCCUUCUGGAGAAAGGAGCGGAUGUCAACUUGGCACACACCGAGAGUGGUAUUUUCCCUUUGCUUUGUGCUGCUGAACGCAACACGGAAUCCUGCAAGAUUCUCUUGGAAGCAGGCGCUGAUGUCAACCAGGCUGAUGAUGAGGGUUCAACAGCUCUUCAUGCUGCUGCUCAUGCGAAUCCUUCAGCCAUUCCAAUCCUGUUGGAAGCAGGAGCUGAAGUUGACGCUGUAGAGUCAGAGGACAUUGGAGGGAGGCAACCUCUUCACUAUGCAGCUCAGCAUAGCCCAGAGGCCUGUAAAUUUUUGCUUGAUGGUGGGGCAGAUGUCAAUGCACCACUCGAUAGCGAGGAGGCAGAGACGGCCAUUCUGAUCGCUGCAUCCAAGGCUCCACAGUGUUGUCAGGUGCUCAUAGAUGCUGGUGCAGAUGUCAAUGUACAGUUUAAUUCAACUGGAUGCUCUCCUCUGCAUGAGGUCACUGACGAGGAUGAUGACCCCAGCGUAUGUCAGGCAUUGCUGCAGGCAGGAGCAGACAUGGAGAUAAAAGAUCAUACAGGUAAAACUGCAUUACACCAUGCAGCUAGGUAUAAUGAAGCAGUGUGCAAGAUACUGCUGGAUGCAGGGGCUAAGCAUGACUGCACUGAUGAGGAUGGUAAUGUGCCCAUGACUCUGGCAGCAGUUGGAGAUAACGUCAAGUCAAUCCAACAUCUCUUGGACAAAGGGGCUAGCCUGGAAAUCACCAACAAGUCGGGGGAUAGCCCAUUGAAUGCUGCAGCCAGGAUGAACAGCGCAAAAGCUAUUGAGUUCCUGAUCGAUAAAGGGGCGGACAUCCUCUCACGAAAUCGGCAUGGUUGGACACCUCUUCACAAGGCAGCGACACGACAUCCUGAUUCUGUGAAGGCUUUAUUGGCUAAAGGUGCUGACGUCGAAGCUAAAACAACGGAUGGGAUGACGCCGGUCUUCAAUGCAGCCAGUGGAAGUGCGGCAAGCUUGAAAUUGCUCAUUGAGGCAGGAGCCAGUGUUAAUGCUCGGUCACAGGAUGGAUCUACUCCACUUUUUAUAUCAGCCGAGGGAAACUCGGAAGGAACCAAGCUUCUCAUCGAGGCUGGCUGCCAACUGGAUGCCCAGAAUGAGGAUGGACGGACGGCAUUGCAUGUGGCUGCCUGUAACAGUGCAGAUUCUUGUAAAUUGCUGCUUGAUGCCGGAGCUCGUCUGGACAUAGCAUCCAAGAAAGGCACUUUGCCCCAGCACUCAGCCGCCGCCGGUGGGAAUGCCAAGUCACUGCAGUACCUCCUCGACAAAGGUGCUGCCGUCGAUGCCGUGGAUAAGGUCGGUUUUACUGCACUUCAUAAUUCCGUCCUGAAAGACGAGGAAUGUGUCAGGAUUCUACUCUUGGCUGGGGCAGAUGGAGCUCUUAAGACAGAGAUCGGUUUGUCAGCGUACGGUCUGUGCAUGCAGAUGAACCCAGAUGUGGAAAUACUGGCCACGCUUCUGGGCCAAGGGAAGUACAAGCCCUUGGGAGACAGUAAGAGAACGGAGGAGCAGGAGGGAGCUGGACCGUCCAGCUCCGAGGGUGCCAAACCAACCUAAGGUGACGGAUAUCUUGGUGGGAGCCAGGUCACCUCUGGUAUGAGGGAAAUGUGGGGAGAAAGCAACAUUGUGUCAGUUACCACUGCAAGUAAAGAUGAAGUGUUCAGUUUCAAAGGUAAGAGAAGCUUCCCCCUGAUAAAUAGUCAAGAGGAAACGCACUGAGUAGGUAGGGACUGAAAACGCAAAACCCAGGUCGGCUUGGGCAGGAUUAGAGACCGAGUUGCAGAGAGGAAGAAAAUUCCUCUGUACUAAUCUGACCCCCCUUGCUGGUGGUGCCCAUUUGGAUGAAUAUUUGCCUUUUUUGGCCGUGCACAAGAUGCUAAAAUGGCAAAUGCCACGUGACUCAUUCUCGGCCAAUUAAGAUACAGGUUCUGUGGGUGAGGUGUUAUAAACUCCUACAGCGAUCUUGGACAUGACCGUCCAUUCAAAAGACUAACCCUGCCACCACUCCUGGAAGACUUUACUAAAAGCAAUGCCCACUCAACGACUUCAAGUAAAAAAUGUGUACAUCUUGCCUAAACUCUUCAAAGUACAUGUAUUUUCCAAGUAAAUAGUGUGUAAGUAGAUUCAAGGUGAAUAUUUUUGUAAGUGCAUAAAUUGUAUCAUGUAUUUCACGAACCUAAAUACUUUGCCCGUGAUGCUAUAAUUUCAAUUCAAGCUUAAUAGGUGGUAGUAUUUUUGAUGCAGGGUACUAAUUUCAGUAAACUGUAAUCUAAAUAAAAGGGAAAUGGAACCAAGUAACAUGAAAAUGAAAGACUGAUUCACAGCACAGAAGGUUCCUCAUUAAAUAUUUAUUUAAAUGAUAUGCAGAAGGUUGCCAGGACAGCAAAUUUAAGACAGACUUUAUAACUUGACUUCAGAUUCCAAUCAUGUCAUUCUUAAGUAAAUGGAAUAACCAGGACUUUACCGAAAAUACUGGGCCAAAACUGCAAAAAGAGACACUCAACCUAAUGAAACUCACUGUACAAAACUUUUACUUUGUAAAUAUGGUGACAAAACUCAUCGAAUCCAAUUUGCCAUGUGACUUUUUCUUUUUUUUUUUUGGAUGAAGUAUAAUAUCCGCUACAAAAUGUUACAUUUUAUUAAUUUGAACCUUUUUGUGUAUGUGAGAUAGGAAAGGAAGGCAGGUUAGGGUAGGGCAAACUAGGUCA